AUGACUUAUGAACGGAUAAUGACAGCCCCUGCUGGAGUGGCAGCGCACUCAGAUGCCAUCUACAGGGCUAUCUCUACUGCCAUCUACAAGGAAGAACCCGGCAUCAUCUACAGGGCCAUCAGUGAUGCCAUCUACAAGGAACAACCUGACGCCAUCUACAGGCACAUCGCUGUUGUCAUCUACAGGGGUAGAAGGACGCCAUCUGCUGGCGGGCAUCUGAUGCCAUCUACAGGCGUAUCCUUGAUGCCAUCUGCAGUGCAAUCCCUGAUGUCAUCUACAAGGAAGAAUCGGAUACCGUCUGCAGGGCGAUUUCUCAUGCCAUCUACAAAUUAA